GGGCGGCCCGCGGGGUGCUCCAGGCGGGGAGGGCGAGCAGGGCUCAGGCCCGCGAACGCAGGGCGGCGGCGUGACUCCGCUCGCGUUGCCGGGCGCGCGGUUGCCGGGUGACCCUGGGCUGUUUACCGUGGAGCGGAGAGAGCCAGACGCCGGGCUCGCUGCGCGCUCGCCGUACCCACCAUGGCCUCUCGCAGCGCGGGCACCCUACUGACCGAGUUCACUGCCGCCUACGUGCCCCCCGGCCUCAUGCCCGGGUACGAAGGCCAUGUUCCCGGUGUGGCCUUCACCUUCGGCUCCACCUAUGGCACCACCACCCUCAAGUACUUCCAGGACCACCGCAAUGCAGCCCUGGAGAAGAGCCACACUCCGUUCAGCAAAGGCGGCCACUUCCCGACCAUCUUCUCCCCAAACCCCAACCUCGUGAUGACUUACCACUCCCGCAGCCGAGACCGCUGGCUGCACACCCCCAGCUAUACCCGCUUCAACCUGGACAGUGACCGCGGCACCCAGCUCGCUCAGUUCUACCAGAUGACACAGCAGCAGCGGAGGUACUAUCAAGACAAGACGGGCUUGGUGCCUCGGGUUCCCUACUUUGUGCUGCCUGCGAGAGAGUGGGAACGGUACCCCAUCCCCACCGACCUGCCUCCUCUGAACCCGAAGAACAAGUGGCACCUUUUUAGAGUGUCCCCUGGCAACUUGAAGACCUACCAGACGUUCCCCUCGGGAAAGAGGGUCUCCCCCCAGGAGCGGCAGAAGAGAGAUUGCUACUUUGAGUUCAGAGCAUGACACUCUGAGAGCCGUGGCCCUGACCAGGGUGGCUUUUUGGAAUAAAAUCUGUAGCCAUGAUCGUCCCAUACUCCUCUGCUCUGAGCCCCAGGAGCACCUGGCCUCAGCAGGACAGUGGCAGAGAGUCUCAUCAGACAGCACUGCAUCUCAAGGGCUGUUGACACCUCAGCCCCAGGGGUUCAAGCCAAGAAAAAGCAGUGACCAGUGAUCUGCUGGGUCCACGCUCCUCUCCCCUGAGGUUGGGGCAGGUAGAACCAAGGAUUGUAUGGCUCCUGAGUCUUGGUGGCAGGUCACUCAGGUAGAGAGAGACCUCCCAUCAGCUUCCACUGGUAUAAUCAAGGAAGCUCCAUUACCCCCCGUCUCAGAAUGAGGGUGGAGUGACCCCAGAACAAUUGCACCAGGUGUUAAAUGCAAAGGCAUUCCUGCUUGAGCCCUGGUUCAGCAUCAUUUAGUUCACACAAUAGCCUGUGAGAGAGGUGACGUUAUCCCCACUUCACUGACAAAGACGUUAGAGCUCAGAGAGGUUAAGAAAGUUACCCAAGUUCACACAGCUUAAAAGUGACACGGUCAGGAGUUGAACCCAGGUCUCUCUGACUUCCAAGUUCUAGCUUUUCCACUACAUACCCUGCUUUUGGUCUAUGUGGAGACUGAAGGGCAGGAAUGAUGCAGCUCUUGGGAUCCCAAAGGACCCUGUGGUGCCUGAGAGAACAAGCUGUGCAGAGCAGCCACUUUCUGCAUUCCGUAAGACCAGCAGGGGCAGGCUGAUUUGGCAUCCACCCCUGGGACAGUUCUAGGAGAGAGGAGGGAUUAACACAAGGUGAAGUCACUCUUCAAGAAAUCUGUGUGUGUCAGGAAUCUCUAGGCCAGGAGUGGAUCCCUGGGAUGGGUUCCCAGGCCACAUGCCUGAGGUGGCUUGGGAGGGCCAGGGUCUGGAAUGCCUGCUGUCCCCAGGCUGUGGCUUCCCACAUCCUGGGAUGCCUCCUGCCUGCUGGAUGUGGGUGUGGGCAACAGUCUCUCAGUAGACAGGAUCUGGGCUGGGAACCUCAGGCCAGCUCCGUAUCCACCCCACGGGAGUUCUCCAACAUUCCAGCACCCCUUGGAUUUGAUCAAGGAACUCCAUCAAUCUACAGGGACUUUAUUACCCCUGAGUGGGUGAGUCAGGACCUAAAGACAAGGAGGCCACUGCAGGUUCAAGUCCACAUGAGGGUAGAAGGGCGCCUCCCCUCUGAGCCAGGGUUUAGGCGCUCCCCUGUGGGCCCUGCAAACAAGAAAAGCCAUGUGCCCAUCAGAUAGGCAUCUAACAGCUCUCAGAAGUCCCAAUGAGGGUCUUCUUUGUGUUCCAGAGUCCCUGACCAGCUGGGCCCCAAAGGGUCCCUGUGGUGGCUAAAUUCAUUCCAGGACUUGGCUAAAUAGCAAAGUAAAUACGGUCUGAUUGCUGGUCACACCCUAUCGAGUCCCAAGGGCUGGGGGUACCAAGUGGGGCCAAGAUGUCUUCUCCCUCAGUGAGGACUGGGACGUUGGGCGCCAACUGGAAUGACUGCUCUCUCCUAUGCCAGGAGAGAGAUAAGAGGAGGUGGCCCCAAGGAAGCAGGGGAAGGGUACAUAUUUUCUUGGUGAACUUCAGCCCUUUUGGCUUGGUCUCCCUGCUGUGACAUGGGUGGGGAUUUGAACUCUGCCCUCAAAAAUACUGGCCAGUCCAGCAUGCUUGGUGGUGUUGGCAAACUUAAGCCCUUGGAAUGAGCAAUUCUUAAUAAAAAAUACUUCUACAUGA